CGCAGGCGCGCUGCUCGCUUCUUCAGGGCCUGGUGGGGGCGGCGACUGCGGUGAGCGUUCCGGACAAGUCGUCAGGCACUGGGCGGUCACGCACCAGGUGGCCCUUUUUACUUUACCUGCAAUCGUGGCCAUCGUUAGUUACUUCGGGAGCUAUCUGCCAAGCUAAAGAAGACCUAGGCGAGGCGACGCCACUGCGCCUGCGCUCGUACGUACGGCGGCUGGAAGGGGCCAGAGUUUGUGCCGCCGGUGACAGCUGCGAACCCCACCCUUGCCCCACGUGGCUUCGAAGACCGGGUGAGGAGCGGCCAAGAACCCUGUUGCGCGCGGACUAGGGAGUGGACGCUGCGGAGUCGGGCUGGUGACUGCGGCAAAACCCUCGGAACUUGAUUUUGGGCAAGGAAGGAAUCUUACAGAAGUCACUAGGGGACCAAAUCUACGUUCCUGGUGUCUGCUUUCUUUGCAUUCUUUUUUUUCAUUGAACACCUAUGUACUGAGUGCCAGCAGCGUGUCAGUCUCCGUCUUAGGCUGUAGGGGCGAGACUAGAAGCAGGCAGAGAUGACCUCCAAGCGCAUCACCCAGGAGACCUUUGAUGCAGCUGUACGGGAGAACAUUGAGGAGUUUGAGAUGGGGCCAGAGGAGGCAGUAAAAGAGGCCACGGAGCAAUUUGAAUCCCAAGGGGUUGAUCUGAGCAACAUUGUAAAGAUUGUGCCUAAAGCCUCUGCAGAUGGAUCCCAGGAGCCCAUACAUGAUGUCUUACAGGCCCUGGGUGACCUGCAGGAAUCCGUGACCUGCUCUCGCCCCCAAGAGGUGUUGACCCACCUUACCCGCUUCUGUGACCUGUGCAAACAGCACAAAGCCUGCCGCUUCCUGGCAGCCCAGAAGGGAGCCUACCCCAUUAUCCUGGCUGCCUGGAAGCUGGCUGCUGCAGGAGACCAGGAUCUUCUGCUCCAGGCCCUCAAUGCCCUGUCAGUGCUGACUGAUGGCCAGCCUGACCUGCUGGAUGCCCAAGGCCUACAGCUGCUGGUGGACACACUGGCCCAGAAUGCUGACGAAGCCAAUCUGACCUGCUCUGGGAUCCGCUGUGUGCGACAUGCCUGUCUGAAGCAUGAGCAGAAUCGGCAGGGCCUGGUGAAAGCUGGUGUGCUGCCCCUGCUGACCAGUGCCAUUGCCCAGCAUGGCCAGCAUGCUGACGUGGUGAGGGAGGCAUGCUGUGCUCUGCGCAUCAUGACCUUUGACGAUGACAUCCGUGUGCCCUACAGCAAUGCCCACAACCAUGCCAAGAUGAUCGUGCAGGAAAACAGAGGCUUGAAGGUGCUCAUCGAGGCUGCCAAAGCCUUCCCCGACAACCCCAGUAUCCUGAGUGAGCUCUGCAGCACCCUGUCUCGCCUGGCUGUCCGCAAUGAGUUCUGUCAGGAAGUAGUUGACCUCGGGGGCCUCAGCAUCCUGGUGACCCUGCUGGCCAACUGCAAUAACCACCAGGACCUUGUGAAGCAAGUGCUGAGCGCCCUGCGGGCCAUCGCAGGCAAUGAUGAUGUGAAGGAUGCCAUUGUUCGUGCUGGUGGGACAGAGUCUAUUGUGACCACCAUGGCCCAGCACCUGGCCAACCCCCAGGUAUGUGAGCAGAGCUGUGCGGCCCUGAGUGUCCUGGCCCUGCGAAAGCCAGAGAACAGCCGGACCAUUGUGGAAGGUGGCGGGGCCCUGGCAGCCUUGCAGGCCAUGAAGGCGCACCCUCAGGAGGCCGGCGUGCAGAAACAGGCUUGCAUGCUGAUCCGCAACCUGGUAUCUCGAAGCCAAGCCUUCUCCAAGCCCAUCCUGGACUUGGGGGCCGAGGCACUCAUCUCACAGGCCCGAGCAACCCACAGAGACUGUGAGGACGUGGCCAAGGCUGCCCUGAGGGACCUGGGCUGCCGAGUUGAGCUUCAAGAACUGUGGACAGGCCAGAAGGGUAACCUGGCACCAUGAACCUAGGCUCAGUCUAGGCUUGACCUUGGGUGAGUCGAAUGACUCAGAAAUGAGGGAAGAUCUGUGUCCUGCCACUUUGCCCCCCACAUUCCAUUCCCUCACGGUUGCCAGGUAAAGGCCACAGGGCCGGGGAAAUGGAUGGGGUCGAAAGCAGCUCCUGGGACCUGGCAUCUCCAGGCCAGCCAGCAGCCACAGUCCUGUCCCUCCCCAUGCCCUUUCCUAUCUGAAGGCCCUCUCAGCAUUUUGGGGGACAGAGGGCACAUCCUACUGCUCACAGUCCUUUCUGAAGCUGAGCAGUGCUGUGAACUGGCUUGUUGGGUUGAGAUCCUGGAACCUACUCCAAUAAGUCUGUUCAGUACUCUGCUCCUCUUUUUUCUCGCUUGUAAAGUGGAUCCUGGACACCUUGCUGUGCUGGCCAGGGCAACAGAUCGAGGCUCGUCUGUCUUGAGGGUCUAGCCAGCUGUGGUGCCUGAUAAUAAAAGACCAUUGGAGGGGUCUCUUCUGUAACCCAGCUGAGUGUAGGGCCUUAGCACUGAUCUCAGAGAUGGGUGAGGGAAGGACAUUUGGAGAGGCCAGGAGGUUUUGGGAAUAGCUUGGAAUAUAUGAUGUAUUGUCACCUAUUGCUCUGAAUCAGACAGGCUUCUGAGUCCAUGAUCAAGGUCUCUGUUUAUGAGCCUAUACUGUUUCACGGGGGUUACAGAGAUCAGCUUCCAGCCCUAACUCAGCUCUGUGGCCUUGCAAGUGACAUGACUUCUCUGAGCUUCAGGUUUUGUUUUGUUUUUUUAGUGGGGAAGGGCACUGAGGAUUGAACCUAGGGGCACUUUAUCACUGAGCCACAUCCCCAGCCUUUUAAUUUUUUAUUUUGACACAGGGUCCUGCUAAGUCGCUUAGGUCCUCACUAAGUUGCUGAGGCUGGCUUUGAACUUGUGAUCCUCCUGUCUCAGCCUGCCUAAGCUCCAGUUUUGAUCCUCUUGAAAUGAGGAGUGACAUAUAGCAGUGCACGCCUAUAAUCCUAGCACCUUUGGAGGCUGAGGUAGGAAGAUCACUGGUUUGAUGCCAACCUGGACAACUUAGACCCUGUCUCAAAAUAAAAUUUAUAAAAG